GCCCUGACCCGGCCCCUCCCCGCCCCGGAGCCGCCCGGGACGCAGGGUGCAGGAGGGACUCGGCCCAGCCGCCCGAGGCGCCGCGCUCCGUCUGCUCCCGGCAGGCCUUCACAGGUGCGAUGACACAGCAGCCCCAAGAGGACUUUGACAGGAGCGUGGAGGAUGCCCAGGCCUGGAUGAAGGUGAUACAGGAGCAGCUUCAGGUCAAUGACAACACGAAGGGGCCCCGAGCGGCACUGGAGGCGAGACUGCGAGAGACGGAGAAAAUCUGCCGUCUGGAGCCUGAGGGCUGCGUGAAGGUGGAACUGGUCCUGCGGGCAGCAGAGGCCCUCCUGGCAAGUUGCCAGGAGGGCCAGAAACCGGAGAUCCUGGCCCGCCUGAGGGACAUCAAGUCUCAGUGGGAGGAGACGGUCACCUACAUGACUCACUGCCACAGUCGCAUCGAGUGGGUGUGGCUGCACUGGAGUGAGUACCUGCUGGCCCAGGAUGAGUUUUACCGCUGGUUCCAGAAGAUGGUGGUCACGCUGGAACCCCCUGUGGAGCUGCAGCUGGGCCUGAAGGAGAAGCAAUGGCAGCUGAGCCACGCCCAGGUGCUGCUGCACAAUGUGGACAAUCAGGCCGUGCUCCUGGACAGGCUGCUGGAGGAGGCGGGCUCCCUGUUCAGCAGGAUCGGGGACCCCAGCGUGGAUGAAGAUGCUCAGAAGAGGAUGAAGGCUGAGUACGAUGCCGUGAAGGCCAGAGCCCAGCACAGGGUGGACCUCCUGGCCCAGGUGACCCAGGACCACGAGCAGUACCGGGAGGACGUGAAUGAGUUCCAGCUGUGGCUGAAGGCGGUGGUGGAGAAGGUGCACAGCUGUCUGGGGCGGAACUGCAAGCUGGCCACAGAGCUUCGUCUCUCUGCGCUGCAGGACAUCGCCAAGGAUUUCCCUAGGGGUGAGGAGUCUUUGAACAGAUUGGAGGAGCAGGCUGUGGGUGUCAUCCGGAACACCUCGCCUCUGGGCGCAGAGAAGAUCUCGGGGGAGCUGCAGGAGAUGCGGGAUGUUCUGGAGAAGCUGAGAGUCCUCUGGAAAGAGGAGGAAGAGAGGCUGCGGGGCCUGCUCCAGUCCAAGGGGGCCUGUAAGCAGCAGGUCCAGCAGCUGGAGGCGGAACUCGGAGAGUUCCAUGAAGUUCUUCAGAGGCUGGCCCAGGAGGGCUUGGAGCCCGCGGUGAAGACAGCCACAGAGGAUGAGCUGGUGACCCACUGGAGGCUGUUCUCGGGGACUCGGGCUGCACUGGCUUCAGAGGAACCCCGUGUAGACCGGUUACAAACUCAGCUGAAGAAACUUGUCACCCUCCCGGACCUGCAGUCACUCUCUGACAGCGUGGUAGCCGCCAUUCAGGAAUACCAGAGUAUGAAGGGGAAGAAUGCCAGGCUCCACAAUGCCACCAGGGCAGAGCUGUGGCAGCGUUUCCAGCGUCCCCUCAAUGACCUGCAGCUGUGGAAGGCCCUGGCCCAGCGGCUCCUGGACAUCACCGCCAGCCUGCCUGACCUGGCCUCCGUUCACACCUUUCUACCCCAGAUCGAGGCAGCCCUCACGGAAAGCUCCCGUCUGAAAGAGCAGCUGGCCAUGCUGCAGCUGAAGACGGACCUGCUGGGUAGCAUCUUCGGCCAGGAGAGAGCAGCCACCCUCCUGGAGCAGGUGACAAGUUCUGUGAGGGACAGAGACCUGCUGCAUAACAGCCUUCUUCAGCGGAAGAGCAAACUUCAGGGCCUGCUCGUUCAGCACAAGGACUUUGGGGUGGCUUUUGACCCCCUACACCGGAAGCUCCUAGACCUCCAAGCCAGGAUCCAAGCAGAGAAAGGACUUCAGCGGGACCUUCCCAGAAAGCAGGUCCAACUCCUAAGGUUGCAGGGGCUGCAGGAGGAAGGCCUGGAUCUGGGGACACAGAUCGAGGCUGUGAGGCCUCUUGCCCAUGGGAACUCUAAGCACCAGCACAAAGUAGACCAGAUCUCCUCUGACCAGCAAGCCCUGCAGAGGUCCCUGGAGGACCUUGUGGACAGGAGUCAGCAGAGUGUACGGGAGCACUGCACCUUCAGUCACAGGCUGUUGGAGCUGCAGCUGUGGAUCGCCAUGGCCACACAGACGUUGGAAUCACGCCACAGGGAUGCGCAUCCGUGGGAUGCUGAGUCCCAAGAGGCUGGACUUGAGAGUCUGCUGUCUGAAAUCCCAGAGAAAGAGGUCCAGCUGUCCCUGCUUCAAGCACUGGGUCAGCUUGUGAUGAGGCAGUCUUCCCCAGAGGGGGCAGCCGAGGUCCAGGAGGAGCUGAGGAAGCUGAUGGAGUCUUGGCAGGCCCUGCGGCUGCUGGAGGAGAGUGUGCUGAGUCUUGUGAGCAACCAGCAGCUGCAGAGGACAGAGGUAGACACGGGGAAGAAGCAGGUUUUCACCAACAACAUCCCAAAGGCCGGCUUUCUCAUCAACCCCCAGGAUCCCGUUCCCAGGAGAUGGCGUGGGGCAAACCCACUGGAGGAACACGACCUUCCUGAAGAUCAUGCCCAGCUCCUGAGGGACUUUGAACAGUGGCUGCAGGCAGAAGACUCUGAGCUACAUAGAAUCAUCACAAUGGGGACAGCCACAGCCGAGGACUUGGGGACCAGAGAGGCUAAGCUGCAGGAGCUGGAGGCUCGAAUCCCGGAAGGCCAGCGCCUCUUUGAGAACCUGCUUCGUCUCAGGCCGGAGAGGGAGCCCUCCAACGAGCUGGAAGAUCUGCGCUACCGGUGGAUGCUGUACAAAUCCAAACUCAAGGACUCCGGCCACCUGCUGACGGAGAGUUCUCCAGGGGAGCUGACUGCAUUCCAGAAGAGUCGGCGGCAGAAGCGGCGGAGUCCCUGCUCUCUCCUACAGAAAGCAUGCCGCGUGGCGCUGCCCUUGCAGCUCUUGCUCCUGCUCUUUCUGCUGCUGCUGUUCCUGCUGCCGGCCGGCGAGGAGGAGCGCAGCUGCGCCCUGGCCAACAACUUCGCCCGCUCCUUUGCGCUCAUGCUUCGGUACAACGGCCCCCCACCCACCUAGCCCACUGGGCGCACAGGUGACCUUCGCAGCCCCUCUGAAGCUGGCUGCUUGGGGGGCACAGUAGCCGAUCAGACACCCAGAGCAGCCUUAGACCAAAUGCUGCGUCUGUUCCCAGAACAAACUUGCCUUUUUCUACGAUGCUGCUUCUGUCUAUUUAUACUAAAUGUGUACUGUGUCUGGUUAGGGAAUAUGUAUAGAAUUUUUAUAUGCCUUGUCCGUACAUGCUCAGUGUAGAUAGCUUCAGAUACAUUGUCUCUUUGUGCCUAGGGAAGCCUCCCUCUAACCCCCACCCCCAGUGUGUUUCUCUAAUGGGAUUUGUGGCACUUGUGCCUUAGACUCCUGUCAUACCUGGGGGACAGGAAAAAUCACAAGUUACUUUGAUGACAACCUGUCACCCAGAAAUCCAGAUGUUACUGAAGAAGCCAUUGAGUGGUUACCAGAGUCGGACAGAAUUGGAGUCCCGGGACUUGGCUGUGAGCUAAAGAGAAGCCGUGAUGGCCGGGCACUGGCUUAGCCAGAGCAGUGAGACAGGACACGUGCCAGGGGGAUGCUGAGAGCAACAGAAGAACUAUAAGGAUGGGACCCAACCGAGCACGACAAAAUGAUGGCGCCCAGCGCUGGACUCCUGCCCAGCAGCCACUGAUAACACAGACCAGGGAGGAGUGACCGUGACUGUGACUGAGAUCCCAUGUCUUCAGGAAGCGACUGGGUUUUAUUUGCGCGUUUUCUCCAGGAGAAAGAAAAAGAUGACUUUGGCUUUUUAUUCUCAUGCACAAGGGUGGAGCACAUUGCGGUGGGAGGCCUGUGCCAUCGUACACAGCUGUUGAGCUGUCUACAGCCUAGGGUAUGAGCCGAGAACAGAGUGGAAAUGCUUGCCCAUGAGGCCAGGAAUCCAGGGUCUACCCUAAGCAGAGAGGAGACACUCAGGCCAUCUGACUCAGUCUCUCGUCCCUUCCAACAAGGGACAGUGCAGGCUGGUGGGUCUACAAGGCUGGGCAGGUCCCACCUUCCCCCAUGGGCCCAGGGCUCACAGUCUCACCCCAGGCAGGACCAGGCAAGGGGAGCUCCAGGUGCAGGUGGGAGGCAUCUGGGUAAUUCCAAGUUACACCCAAGGCUGGAAACGUAACCAGGGAAUUCUGGGCUGGUUCUUAAGUUCUUUAAAACUGGAUCAGGUUCAGCCUAAACUGGCACUUUUUUUUUAACCUUUAGAAAAUACUUAACACUCCCUUUUUACAGAUGAAAUUUGUCUCGGGAGUGUGUGUGCUCGAAGGCCUGAUCAUCAGAUUGUCAUCUUCAGUGUCACAGACCCAGGGAGGCACUUUAAACACAGCAAAUACUGAAGCCCUAAGAGGCACCGAACCCCAGGUCACCACACUAAUGCACACGCCCAACUCCCGAGCAAGCUGGCGUCAGGCCGCACCAGGUGCAGUUUCGUCUUAGCGUGGUACCCAGGAAAGGUUGCAAACAGGAAAGCGGAGUCUUGGGGCCCGUGACCCUGACUUGGUCUGUAACCCAAGUCUCAAGGCCUUCCCUGCACCUGGCCACUUUGCUGGGAGAUCAGGGGCUGGUGAACCCUGCCUGACCUCACUUAGGCCCAGGUAGCUGAGCCCUGAUCUCAGGCCCAGGUAGCCGAGUCCCGAUGCUCACUCAUCAAGAAAGACCACUGAUCCACCAGUCAGAACUGUGGCAAGGGCCAUCAAUACUUCCAUAACCACUUUCCCAUUUCAAAAGUAAAAACCCUGAGGCCCAGAGAGGGGAAGUAACUCACCCAUAGCCACACAGCAAGAACCUAUAAAGCCAGAAAUGGACUGGUUCCCACAGUCUUCAGGUGAUACCUGAUUCAUUAUAGCAAACCUCCCCACAUUUCCCUUCCCAUGAAGAAAGAACAGGGCUCAGUGAUGGAGCAUCCUAACAGGUGUGAGUCCUGAGUUCCACAACCGGAACUGAAAAGGGCAUUGGGGGGAGGAGCUGUUUGCUAUGAACGUGGGCGUGUCUCCUGGUAAAUACUGGGGAGGGUCAGACUUCAGUACAUGGGUGGGGGUGGGGCAGGGUGGGAACGUGGCUGUGUUUUUAACGACAAUGACACUGUGGAUCGAUUGUUGUGUAACUUUUUUUUUAACAGAAGGGACUGAUAUUUUUAUUACUUUCAUAUGAAUAUAGCUGGAACAUGACAUGCUAGCCAUUUCUGGGUGCUUUUCAGAAGUCGCUUCUUUUGCUUAAAAUGGGGGCAGACACCUGCUAUGUGUUGUGUCCUAGUCCAUUAUCAAAGAGAGUUGGAAGGUGUCCCUGGAGAGACAUAUUGGGUCUCUUUGUGUAGUGUAGUGUGUGUGUGUGUGUGUGUGUGUGUGUGUGUUUGUAUGUGCAUGUGUGAGUGCAUGCAUUUGUAUGUACAUGCAUGUGUGUAUAUACAUGUGUAUUUCUAUGUGCAUAUGUGUAUACAUGCAUGUGUGUGAAUGCAUAUGUGUGUGCCUUUGUGAGUAUGUAUAUGUAUAGGUGUUUAUGUAUGUACUGUAUGUGUGUAUAUAUAUGCAUACAUGUGUAUGUGCAUGCAUGUAUGCAUGUUCAUGUAUGUGUAUGUGCAUUUGUGUAUGCAUGUGUGUUUGUGUGUGCAUGCAUAUGUGAGUGCAUAUGUGUGUAUACAUGUGUCUGUAUGUGCAUGUGUGAAUGCAUGUGUGUGUGUUUGUAUGUACAUGUGUAUGUUUUCAUCUGUAUGUGUAUACAUUCAUAUGUGAGUACAUGUGUUUCUGUUCCUUUGUCCUGCAGACAGUGCUCACAUGUAACCAUCAUAGGUCAGCCCGUAAAAGUGGAUGUGUGGGACUCCAUUGACAGUAUCAGUGCCAUUGGUCCCCUAUCCUGUAUGCUUCCUCCUGCCCUUUUCUGCCCCAUCCUUUCUCUGAGAGCAGAAUGGUGUGUUUAUGGGCAGAGAGCAUGUCUAUAACAUGGACAGAAUAAGUGGAGUUAGUGGUCCUGGCUGCAGGAGAGCCAUGAAUCCCUGGAGGUACUGGCAAAAGGGCAGCGGGGCUGCCCCUAGACACGGACGAUGGUGUCCGUGGGGAGCUAGCGUUUCGUUGGUUCUCAUGCUGCCCACCCUUUAGAGGAAGGAAACAGGUCUUUCUGCAGCCUGGACAAGGAGAUUGACAGGCCCUUAGUGAGCUACUGCUGGAAGACCAGAUGCCGAGGGUGUGGGCCACCCUGUGAGGAUGCUUAGGCUGCCUGACAGCAAGAGCGGCUGAGGGGACCUUUCUUCCUUUGGACAGGGUAGAGCCAGCACUGGCCAGAUCAACAGGCUCCACAGAGGGUUUGAGAGUCUGUUCCAGCUGAUCGGGCUGGGGUAAUCAGAUGGGAGACGGGCAGAGGAGAACGGAGGAGCAGAGAGCACGGAGUCUGAGGACCAUGAGCGCACACUCGAUGUGUAAGAGGGCAGGACUUUAGGUUGCCUAUGUUUAUCACUGCUUAAGAAGGGAGACAGCAAGGAAGGGAGAUAGGAAGAGGCAGGUAGACGAGAGGAGGAACGAGGGAGGGGGAGAGAGAAGAGAGAGGGGGAAGAUAGACGCUGGAUAAUAGAUGGCUAGACAGAUGGCUAGAUAGAUGGUAGCGAUAGACAGACAGAGGACAUGUCCCUGCCCCUCUUCAUUCUAACUCAUGUUAUAAACCCUUAAAUCUCCAUCUUGGGGGAUACAUAUGGAACAUUAGGGUAAACAAAGUGUAGGCCCCGCCCUCCGGAUCUCCUAGACUAGAAGGAGUCUGUUCUGUAUAAGUUGCUGAGCUCAGACUAGGGCCUUGGCCCUCGGGUUGGCUUGUCUGCACUCCCGCAGGUGCUGCCCAAGCUUCCUGGAGCUACAAGGUCAUGGCAGAGAUGGGGGAGGGGGUGUCAGAGGGGGGGAGCUGGAGAUAGGUGGGAGGGAGCGGCUGUGGCUGUGAGGGGCAAGGAGAAACACUGGGGAGGACAGAUCAAGGGCAGGAGAGUGUUAGGGGCAGAGAACCAUCAGGACCUGGGCACAGCAGAGGGGAAGGAAGCCCGCAGGCUGGGCCUCUACAGACCUCAAGGUAGAUCCUUGGGCUGGGCUGUGACUGAGCACUGAGGCCUUCCUGGGAGGAGCCCACAGCUGUCUAUGGGUGUGGCCAUCUAAGUUUUUAGAUCCAGCCCAGGAGGAAUCACAUCCAGCUUCCCCCUCUCAGGGAGCUCAGCCUACAGUGGCCGGUCCUCUGUUCCAGUCGCCCUAGCCUUGGAUUCUGGCCAGGUCAGCAUGGAGAAGGGAUGUGGGCCAUCUCCUCUUCCCAUGUGCCCAUGGCAGACCAUUGAACCACCCUCCCCCUCUCCAGCCUGAAUGGACUUCCUGGUCCUCAAAGUGCUUCAUGUGUUUACUGCUACUUUGCUCAUGGGGAAAGUACCUGCGUGCUCUUACAAUCUAUCUCCCACAUAAGACUAAAUUCUUGUCUAUGUCUUCUGCCAACCCCACACAUUAACUUUAGGACAUUCCAGUAAAAUCCAGUUUUUCUUAGGAAGAAAGGUAAAAUAGAUUAAGCUGGUACCCAGGUUAUCAGCCACUAUUGGAUCAAGAAUCCCAGGGUCACCCAGAGCCCCACAUCUGGGUCUCAUGCUCCCUUAGAACCUAGGGGCCCUUCAAAGUCCCUGUGCUGCCUGCCAGCCCCUGCUAGCUGACAGGAGUCCCUGAGCCCUUCAUUGUGCUCAGAGAGCACCCAACCUAGUCAUCCCUUGUCCUGCAGAGCCUGGGCUGAGCUUGCCACUCUGUUUUGUGUUCAAAUCUUCUGGGCAGCUCACGGUAACAUUCAGCCACUCAGCUACGAGGAGCCUCAGGGAGCAAAUCCUGGGAAGGGAAAGAGUCACAGCUUUUCCAGACCUUCUGGCAGGUCACCGCGACCUGCCAUUACCCAAUAGACAGAGCCCUGGAGCCUGACCAGUACAGGGUUGCAACCAAAGGACUUCAGAUCAGCCGACAUUUCUCCCUCAGCCCCAAGGCACGAGAGGAAGGCCUUCCAUUUACCAAAGAAGAGCGAGGGAGAGUUGUUUUCAGAGCCUGGAGCCUCCUAGCACAAGCCUUACAGGACAGCCCACAGGACUCAGGGUUCCCCAGGCACCUGCCUGCCUUUUGUUUCCCAUGGUAACAGCAUAGAUGCUCACAGGAUGGUACCCAGAUAUCCCUGAACACAGGAGACAGCAGUGGUAGAGGGAGUCAGCUUCCCAAGAGAUCCCAGGCUUCCUUUCUGGAAUGGUCAUUGCUAGCUCAACAGCCAGGCCUCCUGAACUCCUGGUGACACAGUGUGGAUACAGGACAGAGCUACAGGACAGUGUAGACUCUUUUCUGAGGAAAGAGAGCAAAGGAGACUCGUAGGGAAAGGCCUGAGAUACAGCCCAACUCGGCGCUCCUGGCGGGUAGAGUCAAGAGCUGUGUUUAGGUGCUGAACCCAGAACACGGACAAGGCCUAGAAACCUGGCUGAAACCAGUCAGGCAGCGGGUAAGUGGCAUGUUUGGGGUGACUGGCCACAAGCUGGUGGUUUUCUGUCACGAUGUCGAGCUUGCUUUUAUCUCCGGUGGCUUUGCUUUCCCUUACAGGCCGCUGUUGCCCCAGCCUCUGGUUAGCCUGUUGGAAGAUGCCAUUUCUGUGCAGGGGUUGCAGGCUUUCUCCCCGGUGUCUACUCUGCAGCGAGCUCUUUGACUUCCGUUGCCAAUGGGGGCUGGGAGCACCAGGAUAGAAUGCCAGCGGCAGGGGCUUGAAACACACAGGCCACCAACGUCAGGGGCAGAUGCAGGACAGAAGUUGCUUUGAGAGAUCACUGUGCGAUCCAUAUUCUUCCGGGAGAGCAAAGAUUCAGGUGCUGGGCAAGGUCUUGGAGCUCCUGGAAUAAAGAGGGGGACAUGGAAGGUGUGUGUGUGUGUGUGUGUGUGUGUGUGUGUGUGUGUGUGUGUGCAUGUGUACAUGCAUGUGUGCCUGUUCAAGUACCUUGUGUUGCAUAUGUGUGUUCUGGUGUCCAGAGCAACCAAAUUCAUUGUUUUAAGUCUUCCCUUGUGUAAACAGUACAGAGGGGCCACCUCUCCUUGUCACAGUCUCUGUGAUUAUAAAACAUGAAUUUUCGAUAAGUUCAGCUUUCUGGGAAGGCAGGCAGAUUUGGAGCCAAAUGACUGUCUUGGAACGCGUGCGUGUUAUCUUGGUUCAUAUCAAGUCCAGAGCUGACUGAAGGCCUCAGCGUCUCUCAGCUCUGUGGGAAGGGCCACGUGACUCCUCGGGUCCCAGCUCAGUGCUGUUGUGAAGUCGUGCGGCGGCGUUCCCUGCCUCUUGUUCGCUUUGGUGGCAGCAGUAUUCUGAAGGACGGUUUUGUGUUUUCAUCAUUGCUUCGUGUUUUUUUUUUUUUAAAUGUAUCUGCUCUAUGUUUGGAAAUAAAAAGCUCUAUUUUGGUCUAUGAGA